AUGUCUAUCCAUGUAGAGAAUAAUCUUAAAGAUUCCACAAACGAUGAGAUAUUUAAACAAAAAGCGCAUUACAUACCUUGUAAAAUUGAAGAAGACGGCGAGGCAAAUGUGAAGAAAUAUUUCGAGCCUUACAUUGUCGAAAAUACUAACGGCGAAUUGUCAGCAACUUUCCGCGGUCAUUCCUUGGACGGUGUUAAAUUAUGUCUGCCUGAAGGUUAUAAGGCUGUGUUAGUGACAGAAACCAAACGACCGCUAUCAGAAGACGCUGAUAGAAAGUUUCAGAUAGCCGGAGGUUUAGGAGAUAUCACAUAUUGGAAUUGGGAUAAAAAACCGUCAAAAAACGACAGUUUAGUCAGAGCCCUGGACUGGAUCGAUAUAGCAGAAGCGAUACAUGCUGACUGA